ACAAACCAGUAAUCCUUCAGAUCCCGACUGUGACAACCAAUGGUUUAGGUUUUGCUCUCGUAGCUGUUCAGUAUUAGCACAUUACAAAUAUUUUGUAGUUUGUGCCUUUCUAAAUUUGCACGAUAAUUUCGCCAGACUGACAAACAAACAAACGGACUGUUAGCUGCUCCUUCCAGCUAACUUAAAAACCGGUAACAACACAGCGGCCAGCUGACGGAGCACUGAGCUUGUUAGCCUGCUAGCCCAGCUGUCUCUCCAGUAGGACUACCCUUUGUCUUUACAAGCAAGUGAGCUAGCAGGCGUUGUUUCUUCUCUGGGUUAGCUAACGCCGGCUUUUGUAGUUUCAUUUUUUUUCGCCUGACAAGAGUUAAGCAGACCAAGAUAGGCGGCUUGGGAACCAAGAUGUCGAACCGAGUGGUGUGCAGAGAAGCAAGUCACGCCGGGAGCUGGUACUCUGCUUCGGGAUCCCAGCUGAAUGCACAACUAGAGGGCUGGCUGUCCCAAGCACAGUCCACGAUCAGACCUGCUAGAGCCAUCAUAGCACCCCAUGCUGGGUAUACCUACUGUGGUGCUUGUGCAGCACAUGCCUACAAGCAGGUUGAUCCCUCUAUUACUCGCAGGGUGUUCAUCCUGGGACCUUCACACCAUGUGCCCCUCUCCCGCUGUGCCCUGUCACCUGCAGACAUCUAUAGAACACCUCUCUAUGACCUGAGAAUCGACCAGAAGGUUUAUGCUGACCUCUGGAAAACUGGGUUGUUUGAGCGGAUGAGUCUGCAGACAGAUGAAGAUGAGCACAGUAUUGAAAUGCACUUGCCUUACACUGCUAAAGCCAUGGAGAGCCACAAAGACGAGUUUAGCAUCGUCCCUGUGCUUGUGGGUGCCCUGAGUGAAUCUAAGGAACAAGAAUAUGGGAAGCUGCUCAGCAAGUAUCUGGCAGACCCUUCUAACCUCUUCAUCAUCUCAUCUGACUUCUGCCACUGGGGUCAACGGUUCCGCUACACAUACUAUGAUGAAUCUCAAGGGGAGAUCUACAGGUCUAUUGAGCAUCUUGAUAAAAUGGGUAUGGGCAUUAUAGAGCAGCUGGAUCCCACGUCUUUCACCAACUACUUGAAGAAGUACCGCAACACCAUCUGUGGGCGUCACCCGAUUGGAGUGCUGCUAAAUGCUGUGGCUGAGCUGAGGAAGUCAGGUUUAGAAAUGAACUUCACUUUCCUGAACUACGCCCAGUCAAGUGAGUGCAGGAACUGGCAGGACAGCUCCGUGAGUUACGCUGCCGGGGCACUCAUCGUUCAUUGAGGUCGACUUUCGCAGGGGCCACUGCAAGCGCCGCCCCCCUGUCCUUACUAUCUAUCGCCAUAACCUGACCCAGACACCCUCCCUCUCACCCCACCCCCAGUUACGCCCACUAUUUGCAGGAAGGACCUAGACACUCGAAGCCAAUACAGUCUUCUUUUUCUGUCUCUCCCUCAACUCUCCUCCACCUUUCUCCACCGUCCUCUCAGUUUGAAGUGUGUCUCAGAGCUUUUGGUUGAUACAUUUUGCUUGAAGUGCAGAUUUGAGAUUAUGUUGGAGCAAAUGGUUUGAGGAGAUGGGAAGAGUUCGUAUUAAUUUGGCUCGGCGUAAGCGUCGGGAGGGGGAAUUCUUAUUUGGGUUUUUGCAAGGACUGUAGUUGUCCUCUUAGUCCCUUUUUGUUUUCCUGACAAAACGAUGGAUUUGAGUUGUAAUGCAAUCUUUACAUUUGGACUCUUGGCAAUCUGUGCUCAUGUAAUUUGCCUCAGAAAAGGAAUGAAAAUAAAACUGCAGAUCUUAAUGGAGAAUACUCAAAUGUUGCCAGAUGAAAAUGAAAUGAGUGUUUUGACUGACUGCUUUAAGCUACAUGCAGCUUAAAUUUUGGAAAUAGUGUCAUAGGUAAUUACUACCGUUGCAUAACAUAAAAUGUAGUUGCUAACAAAGGGCUGCACACAACAAAGUUCACUAACCCCCCUGUACAAAACCAAAAACAUUAUUACUCUCAUAUUAGUUUAUUAAAUAUUAUCUUUUAUUCAUAUUCUAUUCUUUUUAUUUCUCCCUUUUUUAGUAGUAGUAUUAGAUGUGAUAGUAUUUACUCAAGUAGUGUGUAGAUUUGAAUAAAAGCAGUGUUGUCAGUGAAGCUGUAAAACCAACAACAUGGUUUGCCCGUUAAAUUAGUGAGUGCAACACUGCUCCCAGAUUCAAAUUAUAUGCUUGUAGCAUCACAGACAUAUUUUUGCUAGGGCCAGACAGCAGUUGUGGGUGCCACAGAAAUGUAAUCAAAGCUGGAUAUUGUGUAUAUGACUCCAACACUGACACCUCUAGUCUUUGUUUACACUGCCACCUUGAAUCUCUGUAGUUAUUGAAUUGUCAGUAGAGGAGGCUCGAGCAAAGGUUUCCUUUUUGCUAGACUUGUAGACGAUGUCAUUUGUUACACAUUCAGUUCUGUAAGAGAAGCAAAGCUUUUGUUUUGACCUGAACAAAGCAGCAAGAGGAUAAAGGCUUAGAUGGUCUGCUUAAACUGUUAGAACUGUUACUGAAUCUGUUCACUACAUAGUAAUUUACAGCUCUUUUUGUUAAUACAUUUUGAUUUAAGAAUGCCAAAUGUUAUUGGAAAGAUUUAAGUCUUCAUCCUUAUUUAAAGGUUUGUUUUCCAGUUUUGUUACUUUUCAGUGAAUGAGAAUUCACGUUAGUAUCAAUUAGACGAGGUUAGCUAGAACAAGUAAUAGAUGGCCCAAGUUUUUAAAGAUCAGCACAAAGUCAUAAUGAUUUAAAGUUUAAGAAUGUCCCCCAAAAAAGCAGGUGGUGCUCUUUGCUGUAUUUCAGAUUUAUUGGAUGUGAAUCUGUUGAAGAGUAUGAAUAUUUGCAUUGUGAAACGUCAACAAAAGGAUCACAGAUAUUAACACAAGAAAAGAGUUAUUUGCUGUGGAGUCCUGUUGUCUGAGAUAUUUAAUAUUUUCAGAGAUUAACAACCUGAAUGCAAAAAAAAAAAGUUUCAUAGUGGCAGUAUAGGCUUUGAAUGACACUAAUGAUAUAGGCAGAACACAGUGUCUGCUGUCCUGUCAUUUGAGUGACUGACUGACUUUUGCUGCUGAAGUCAAGUAUUCCCAUUGAAAUUAUGCAGUCCUCUAACAUUGGCCCCCCUCUCUCAGCACCAUAAGCAUUAAGUUACAAUAUCUGGUUGAACCAAGUGAGCACAGACUGAAAGAUGAAUCCCCAGACUCACUUGACCUCUGACGUUAAUUUAAGGGAAACUAGUAAAGCAUGACACACUGUGCUAUUGUGCCUUUUAUCACUGUUGCACAUAUACAUAUAAAGCAUACUCUCACUUUUAGUCUUAUUUUAGAAUGUGUACUUUCAGUUUUUGUUUUUCCACAUGUACCCCCUCCCCCCUUCCCUAGUGCCCAACAAUGUCUGCAGCUCACCCAGCACUCCAGGAGUGUGUGACCUGUCCCCUCUCAUCUGUUGGUCUAAAAUGGCACCAACUGUUAUCUCCUUUCUCCAGCAGGGAGUGGUGUUCUGUUUUCUCCACCUCACCUCAUUCCUGUAGAGAGAGACACAGGCUGAACCUCAACACUGUUCAUUUUCUGUUUAUGGAUCUUUGUUUGUCUUUUAGAAAUGGUUUUUGUAUUUUUUUUUUUUUUCUUGCUUAGAGAAUGGGAACUUACACGUCACAAACCUAAAAUAUACUACUUAACUACUCCCUAAAUGGAGUUGUUUUGAUCUCAGGUUCCACUGACAAAGCAUCCCAAAAGGCUCUUCAGAUAAGGCCGAGGAUUCAUGUUACAAAACAAGUAAAAUGUACUGA